CUAUAUCUUCUUAGAGUUUGAGUGAAACAGAUAAAGGAUAGCAGAGACAGGUGCAAAAGGAGUUCAGCACAAAGAUAAGAAGAGAAUUGUAUAAACUAAGAAAAUUAGGACGAAGAGUAGCACACUGAUCUGACAAGAAAAUAGAGUCUUAAAGUCGUGAUUGUCAGUGACACGAUGAGCGGAGGAUGUAGAUGUCUACUUGCAGCAAUGGUGCUUUUGUGCCUUUGUUUCUUGGUCCCCACUGAGGCUGUGGGAGGAGCCAAGAGUCGACCAAAACCUCAAAGACGACCACCGAAGAAACCAAAGGUCGAGCCCAUUGACUCAACCCCACCAACUCAGAAUAUAGACAUCCAGCAGAUGACAGGGAAAUGGUAUCUCCUUAAUACGGCCUCCAAGUGUUCUUACCUGAUAAAACAUGGAACCAAGGUGGAGCCAACUGUCAUGACCCUUACAGGUCCCUCUGACCAAACUCUGUCAGUUAGCACUAAAACAAGACACAAUCAUCAAUGUUGGGAGAUAUUGCAGGAAUACCAUUUAACUUCAACCCCAGGGAAGCUAACACUUAAAGGAACACGUCCUGAACUCAACACCGACAUCGUGAUUGGAGACACAGACUACACCAACUAUGCCGUUUUGUACUAUCAGAAACUCGGGAAGGUCACAGUAAAACUCUAUAGUAGGUCUGUGGAUGACUUAUCUGAGCCAACGUUGACUAAGUUUGAGCAGCUCGCUGAAAAACAUGGCAUGGGUCUUGCCUACCUUUUCCCCUUCCCCACCUACAGUCACUGUGGUGAAGUGGAGCAGAACCACAAAAUAAACUGUGUCCCCACAUGCUGAAGAGGCGGCGCUCCGACAUCCACCCAAGAAAAUCGAUUGAACUGAACUUAUGAAUUCCCUUUACAUGCAAUAAUUUUCUCCUAAUUAAAAGCAAAAUGAGAUGAA